AAGCGGAGUCGCGGAGAGCGCAAACCCGUGAGAAUGGAGCGCGGGGACAGACGGGGAUAAACCGAGACUUCGCAAACAGAGUUAAAAAAGCACUGAAAACUCGGCAAAAAGACAUGGAUACAAUCUUCUUCAGCUGUGUCCUGCUGUUCUCUACCGUCCUCUGUGUUGAAUCCCAGGUCACGGCUGGCGGCUGCUCGUUCGAGGACGGCCCCGCCCAGUGUGACUACCAGCAGGAGCCGUAUGACGACUUUGAUUGGACGCACGUCAGCACCCAGGAAGCAGCGUACCUGUCCUCCCAGCUUCCCCUAGGGUCCUAUAUGAUGGUGGACUCCUCCCAGCACGACCCGGGGGAGAAGGCUCGCCUCUUGCUGCCAGUGAUGAAGAAGAACGACACGCACUGCAUCGACUUCACGUACCUGCUGACCUCCACGGACGGCUCCAGCCCCGGAACCCUCAACAUCCUGGUGAAGGUGAACAAGGGCCCGCUGGCAAACCCCAUCUGGAACGUCACCAGCACCACCGGGCGCGACUGGCUCCGGGCCGAGCUCGCCGUCAGCACCUUCUGGCCCAACGAGUACCAGGUCAUUUUCGAGGCAGAGGUGUCCAGCGGCCGGAGCGGCUUCAUCGCCAUCGGCAACGUCCAGGUCCUGAGCUACCCCUGCGAUAAGUCUCCUCACUUCCUGCGGCUGGGGGAUGUGGAGGUGAAUGCUGGACAGAACGCCACCUUCCAGUGCAUCGCCACGGGCCGAGACGCCAUCAACAACCGCCUCUGGCUGCAGAGACGGAACGGGGAGGACAUUCCGGUGACUUACACCAAGAACAUCAACCACCGUAGAUUCGCCGCGUCGUUCCGUCUGAAGGAAGUGAGCAGUCAGGAACGUGACCUGUAUCGCUGCGUAACGGAGUCUCAGCGCGGCGCGGGCGUCUCCAACUUCGCGCGGCUGAUUAUCCACGAGCCCCCCCGGCCCAUCGCCCCCCCCCAGCUGCUCUCCGUCGGCCCCACCUACCUGGAGAUCCAGCUCAACGCCAACUCCAUCUUCGGGGACGGGCCCAUCGUGACCAAGGAGGUGGAGUACCGCAUGACGUCGGGCAGCUGGACCGAGACGCACGUGGUCAACAGCCCCACGUACAAGCUGUGGCACCUGGACCCCGACACUGAGUACGAGGUCCGAGUGCUGCUGACCCGCCCGGGGGAGGGGGGCACGGGCCUGCCUGGGCCCGCGCUCAUCACCAGGACCAAGUGCGCCGAGCCCAUGCGCACCCCUAAGAGUGUGAAGAUUGCAGAGACACAGUCUCGUUUCAUCGCGGUGGACUGGGAGUCUCUGGGAUACAACAUCACCCGCUGCCACACCUUCAACGUCACCAUCUGCUACCACUACCACCGGGACCGCAACCACACCCACUCCGCCUGCCUGGACAUGGACCCCAAGGCCCCGCGCCACGUGGUGGGGAACCUGCCGCCGAACACCAACGUCACCCUCAAGAUGAUCCUCACCAACCCCGAGGGCCGCAAGGAGAGCGACGAGGUCGUGAUCCAGACGGACGAGGACGUCCCCGGCCCCGUGCCCAGCCAGUCCCUGAGGGCCACGUCGUUUGAGGAUCGGAUAUUCCUGCACUGGAGGGACCCUCAGGAACCCAACGGAGCCAUCACGCAGUAUGAGAUCACUUACAGCAGCAUCCGCUCCUUCGACCCCUACGUCCCACUGCCCCAGCCGCCACUCACCGUGACCCUGCCCUCAAACUCCUCCCACCACGUCUUCCCCCAGCUCCACCCUGGCACCACCUACCAGUUCAGCAUCCGAGCCAGCACCUCCAAGGGCCCGGGGCCAGCAACCACGCUCAACGUCACCACCAACAUCUCCGCCCCUACAUUAGAGGAGUAUGAGGGCUUGGAGGCCUUUCUGAACGAGACGGCCACCACCAUCACAGUCCUGCUGAAGCCUGCCCAGGCCAAGGGUGCUCCUGUCAGUUCGUACCAGAUUGUGGUGGAGGAGCUGUAUCCCCGCCGGGCCCGCAGAGAGGCCGUUUCGGGGGACUGUUACCAGGUGCCCGUCUCCUACCAGAGCGCCUCCUCUGGUGGCUCUACGUACUACUUUGCGGCGGAACUGUCCCCCAGCACGCUGCCCGAGCCCUCCCCCUUCACCGUGGGCGACAACAAGACCUACCGCGGCUUCUGGAACGCCCCACUCACCCCGCGCAAGAACUACAACAUCUACUUCCAGGCCGUCAGCAGCGUGGAGAAGGAGACAAAAACUCAGUGUCUGAGACUCGCAACAAAAGGGGCCACAGAGGAGCCUGAGGUGGUCCCUGACCCAGAGCAGCAGACUGACAGGGUGGUGAAGAUCGCCGGCAUCGGAGCUGGAGCCCUUGUCUUCAUCCUCAUCCUCCUCCUUGCUGUUCUGCUCUUCAAGAAGAGGAGGACCCAGUAUUCCUACUCCUAUUACCUAAAGCUGGCGAAGAAACGCAAGGAUGCCAUCGGGAACACGAGGCAGGAGAUGACCCACAUGGUGAACUCUCUGGAGCGCACCGGGGCGGAGCAGAGCGUGGUGCACACGGAGGAACCCCACGCCGUCACCUUCAACAUGGACUCCCAACACGGACACUUCAACCCCCGCAUGCCCAGUGAUCCUCUUGUACCGACUGCUGUGCUAGUGCCCAUCACUGACGAGCCCCACCCGGUCUCGGCCGAGUCCAGCCGGCUCCUGGACCUGCCGCGGUACCACUGCGAGGGAACGGAGUCUCCGUACCAGACGGGCCAGCUGCACCCCGCCAUCCGCGUGGCCGACCUGCUGCAGCACAUCACCCUCAUGAAGACCUCCGACAGCUACGGCUUCAAGGAGGAGUACGAGAGUUUUUUUGAAGGCCAGUCGGCUUCCUGGGAUGUGGCCAAAAAGGACCAGAACAGAACCAAGAAUCGCUACGGAAACAUCAUCGCAUACGACCACUCCAGAGUGAUCCUGCAGCCAAUGCCCGAUGACCCUUCCUCCGACUACAUCAACGCCAACUACAUCGAUAUUUGGCUGUACAGGGAUGGAUAUCAGAGGCCAAGUCAUUACAUUGCCACUCAAGGCCCCGUGCAUGAGACCGUCUACGACUUCUGGAGGAUGGUGUGGCAGGAGCAGUCCGCCUGCGUCGUCAUGGUGACCAACCUGGUGGAAGUUGGGCGGGUGAAGUGCUAUAAGUACUGGCCGGAUGACGCUGAGCUGUAUGGGGACUUCAAGGUGACCUUCAUGGAGGUGGAGCCACUGGCUGAGUACGUGGUCCGGACGUUCACCCUGGAGCGGAGGGGGUUUAAGGAGCUGCGGGAGGUGAAGCAGUUCCACUUCACGGGCUGGCCCGACCACGGCGUGCCGUACCACGCCACCGGCCUGCUGUCCUUCAUCCGCCGGGUCAAACUCUCCAACCCGCCCAGCGCCGGGCCCAUCGUGGUGCACUGCAGUGCGGGGGCGGGGCGGACAGGAUGUUACAUCGUCAUCGACAUCAUGCUGGACAUGGCGGAGCGCGAGGGCGUGGUCGACAUCUACAACUGCGUGAAGGCCCUACGCUCCCGACGAAUCAACAUGGUGCAGACCGAGGAGCAGUACAUCUUCAUCCACGACGCCAUCUUGGAGGCGUGUCUCUGCGGGGAGACGGCCAUCCCAGCGUGCGAGUUCAAGGCUGCAUACUACGACAUGAUCCGCAUCGACUCACAGAGCAACUCCUCUCACCUGAAGGAGGAGUUCCAGACGCUGACCUCGGUGACCCCCCAGCCCCAGCCAGAGGACUGCAGCAUCGCGCUGCUCCCGCGGAACCAGGACAGGAACCGCUUCAUGGAUGCACUGCCGCCCGACCGCUGCCUGCCCUUCCUCAUCACCGUGGACGGGGAGAGCAGCAACUACAUCAACGCCGCCCUGCUGGACCCAUCAGAAGAAUUCAAGAGCUACAGACAGCCUGCCGCCUUCAUCGUUACCCAGCAUCCUCUGCCCAACACCGUCAAGGACUUCUGGAGGCUGGUGUACGACUACGGCUGCACCUCCCUGGUCAUGUUGAACGAGAUCGACCUGACGCAGGGCUCUCCUCAGUACUGGCCUGAGGAGGGGAUGAUCCGCUAUGGGCCGAUCCAGGUGGAGUGCAUGUCCUGCUCCAUGGAUUGUGACGCCAUCAGCCGGCUCUUCAGAGUGUGUAACCUGACCAGGCCACAGGAGGGCUACCUGAUGGUGCGGCAGUUCCAGUACCUGGGCUGGGCGGGGCACAGAGAGGUCCCCGCCUCCAAGCGCUCCUUCCUCAAACUCAUCCUGCAGGUGGAGAAGUGGCAGGAGGAGUGUGAGGAGGGGGAGGGCAGGACCAUCAUACAUUGCCUGAACGGAGGAAGCCGCAGUGGGGUGUUCUGCGCGGCCAGCUUCGUGUGUGACAUGAUCAAAAGGCAGAGUGUGGUGGACGUGUUCCACGCCGUCAAGAGUCUCCGCAACAGCAAGCCCAACAUGGUGGACAGCCUGGAGCAGUACCGCCUGUGCUAUGACCUGGCUCUGGAGUACAUUGAGAGCUCGUAGCUGGAGGAAGGUUCCGGAGGGAGGGGCUGUGAGCCGCCAUUGCUCUCCAUUAGAAACAGUGCUGUUCUGUUGUGAUUAGGCCAGGGGUGCCGUGCUGUGCUUUAUACACGUCCCUGUCCCGCCCCCAGCCCUGAGCCCUCUCCGCUCAGCUGGGGAGACGCUCCUCGAUGUCGCAUGCUGAGAUGUUUUCUAGAUCACUGUCGUUUUUCAGGAACAGUGUGUGUAUUGUGCAUGUGAACCAUAACUGUGAACGUGAACGUGCAAAACUGCGUGGCUGCUGAACGCCCGGGAACACCACGGCACGGAUGGGCAACCACGAGCCAAAGACUGUACAUACGUGUGCGUGGCAACACGAAGACUGUACAUAUGUGUGCGUGGCAACAAGAAGAAGAAAAAAAGAGCUACAUUUCUAUUUAUUGUUUAUCUGCAUUUACUUCUGUUUACUUCAAAGGCUGAGAAAAUGAUCGUUUACCUGACUCUGCCCAGAAGUUGUCAGGGUUACCGGGGUUAAAGGUCGUGGCCUCUGCAGUGCUGCUAGUGUUGGUGUAAACGCUUGUUUUCAGUGAGACGGUGCUUUAGGAGGCGUGCGAAUCGCAGCGUUUGCAGGACUGCAGCCAGCUCACACGGAGCCGGUGUCGUGGGGAGAAGUCAGACUGACGCGUGCGCUUAUAGCACAUCUAUUUUUAUGUCUGUAAUCAUUGGCUUUCUGGAUGUUUGACAAACCAUCAAACUUACUUUGAAUAAAAAAUUUAAAAAGGU